AUGUUUCGCUUCGUAGCAAUUUUUGCGCUUUGCAGCGUCGCCUUCGGCGAAAUCCUUGUAAACGAUUUCAAUGGACGCAUUGUUAAUGGUGAGGAAACCAACAUACAGGCACAUCCCUACCAAAUCUCAUUGCAAACCAAGAGUGGACAUUUCUGCGGUGGCAGCAUUAUCAAUAAGGAUACCGUCGUGACGGCAGCACAUUGCCUGCAAACUAAUACGGCCGAUCAGUUGCAAGUGCGUUUGGGUUCAACCAGUCACAAGACGGGUGGUAAAUUGGUGAAAGUUCGCGCCUUCUACGCACACCCCGGUUACAAUAAGGAACAACGACAAAACGAUGUUGCCAUCGUGAAAUUGGCCGAACCCGUAGCCGAGUCGGCGAGCAUACGUUACAUUGAUUUGGCGCAGACUUCACCAGUAACUGGUACGUCCGCAGUUGUUAGUGGUUGGGGCGCCAAGUGCUUCUUCUGGUGCGUUUCAUUACCCACUGCAUUGCAAAAGGUCGACGUUAGCAUUGUGUCACGCUCAGAUUGUGCCUCUAAAAAUUACAAAUAUGGCAGUUCAAAGAUAUUGUCAACAAUGUUGUGUGCUUAUGAAGAGAAGAAGGAUGCUUGCCAGGGUGACUCUGGCGGUCCAUUGGCGGCUGACGGCAAGCUGGUCGGUGUCGUAUCCUGGGGCAAUGGUUGCGCUAAGGCGGGCUAUCCAGGUGUUUAUGCCGAUGUGGCUGAGCUACGCCCUUGGAUUUUGGACAUUACUCGCAAUUUAUAA